CCACGACUUUGGGAUGCGCGUCGUUCAGGUGCAUUACGGCACCCAUUCCUGGUUCCUUUGACUGCUCUCCAGCAGCGGCGGCGGCGAAGAGCCGAGGAGCGUUUUGGGUCGCUGGAAGCCGAAGCGGCCAUGGCCGAGCGCCGCGCCUUUGCUCAGAAGAUCAGCAGAACUGUGGCAGCUGAAGUACGGAAACAGAUUUCAGGGCAAUAUGGAGGAUCCCCACAACUUCUCAAGAACCUUAAUAUUGGGGGCACAAUUUCUCACCAUACAAGUGUACCUCUUACUGAGCCUGUGGAUCCAGUGGAUUUGGAAGAUUACCUUCUUACACAUCCACUUGCAGUGGAUUCUGGCCCUAUGAGAGACUUGUUUGAAUUUCCUUCUGAUGAUAUUGAAGUCAUCUACAGCCCUCGAGAAUGCAGAACAUUGGUGUCAGCUGUACCAGAGGAAAGUGAAAUGGACCCACAUGUGAGAGACUGUGUAAGAAGUUAUACAGAAGACUGGGCUAUUGUGAAUAGAAAGUAUCACAAACUGGGGACAGGAUUCAAUCCCAACACCUUGGACAAGCAAAAAGAAAGGCAAAAGGGCUUGCCCAAACAGAUGUUUGAGUCUGAUGAAGCUCCAGAUGGCAACAGUUACCAGGAUGAACAAGAUGAUCUGAAAAGACGGUCCAUGUCAAUAGAUGAUACUCCACGAGGUAGCUGGGCCUGCAGUAUUUUUGACUUGAAAAAUUCCCUUCCCGAUGCUUUGCUCUCUAAUCUUCUGGAUCGGACCCCAAAUGAAGAAAUUGAUCACCAAAAUGAUGAACAAAGGAAAUCCAACAGACACAAGGAGCUUUUUGCCUUGCAUCCAGCACCUGACGAGGAGGAGCCCAUAGAAAGGCUUGGCAUUCCAGAAAUCCCCAAAGAACACUUUGGUCAAAGGCUUCUUGUCAAGUGUUUGUCUCUAAAAUUUGAAAUUGAAAUAGAGCCCAUUUUUGCAAGUUUGGCAUUAUACGAUGUUAAAGAAAAGAAGAAGAUUUCAGAGAACUUUUUCUUUGAUUUAAACUCCGAACAAAUGAAAAGCAUGCUGCGACCUCAUGUUCCCCCUGCGGCCAUAACCACUUUGGCUCGUUCAGCCAUCUUUUCUAUUACAUACCCUUCCCAAGAUGUCUUUCUGGUAAUAAAGUUGGAAAAGGUACUACAACAAGGAGACAUUGGGGAAUGUGCUGAGCCAUAUAUGAUUAUGAAAGAAGCAGAUGCUGCAAAGAACAAGGAAAAACUAGACAAACUGAAAAGCCAAUCAGAACAAUUUUGCCAAAGACUUGGCAAAUAUCGCAUGCCUUUUGCGUGGACUGCUAUUCAUUUAAUGAAUAUAGUCAGUAGUGCUGGAAGUUUGGAAAGAGAUUCUGCAGAAGUAGAAAUUGCCACUGGAGAACGCAAAGGAUCUUGGUCUGAAAGAAGAAAUUCUAGCAUUGUUGGUAGGCGUUCUCUAGAAAGAACCACUAGUGGGGAUGAGGCCUGUAACCUGACUAAUUUUAGACCAGCUACUUUGACAGUGACAAACUUCUUUAAACAGGAAGGUGACCGGUUGAGUGAUGAAGAUUUAUACAAAUUCCUUGCGGAUAUGAAGAGGCCUUCUUCUGUUCUAAGACGCCUGAGACCUAUCACAGCUCAGUUGAAGAUUGAUAUUUCUCCAGCCCCAGAGAACCCACACUAUUGUCUAACUCCAGAGCUGUUGCAAGUAAAACUUUACCCAGAUAGUAGAGUUCGACCAACAAGAGAGAUCUUGGAAUUUCCUGCAAGAGAUGUUUAUAUUCCAAAUACAACUUAUAGAAAUCUUCUAUAUGUUUAUCCACAAAGCCUUAACUUUGCCAAUCGCCAAGGAUCUGCUCGGAAUAUUACUGUAAAAGUGCAGUUUAUGUUUGGAGAGGAUCCAAGCAAUGCAAUGCCGGUAAUCUUUGGAAAAUCUAGCUGUGCUGAAUUUUCAAAAGAAGCUUAUACAGCUGUUGUUUACCAUAACAGAUCUCCUGAUUUCCAUGAAGAAAUCAAAAUCAAGCUUCCUGCUACUCUAACGGACCACCAUCAUUUGCUUUUCACUUUUUACCAUGUCAGUUGCCAACAGAAACAAAACACCCCACUUGAGACUCCUGUUGGCUAUACGUGGAUACCGAUGCUACAAAAUGGACGAUUAAAAACAGGCCAGUUCUGCCUCCCUGUUUCUUUGGAGAAGCCACCACAAGCUUAUUCUGUACUCUCUCCAGAGGUGCCUUUGCCUGGAAUGAAGUGGGUUGACAACCAUAAAGGAGUUUUUAAUGUAGAAAUAAUUGCUGUGUCAACCAUUCAUACACAGGACCCUUAUCUUGACAAAUUCUUUGCCCUUGUUCAUGCUCUGGAUGAACAUAUGUUCCCUGUACGGAUAGGUGACAUGAGAAUUAUGGAGAACAACUUGGAAAACGAAUUAAAGAGCAGCAUUUUAGCUUUGAACUCAUCUCAGUUGGAGCCUGUGGUGCGGUUUCUCCAUCUUCUGCUUGACAAAUUAAUUCUUUUGGUUGUAAGACCACCUAUUAUUGCAGGCCAAAUAGUCAAUCUAGGUCAAGCAUCUUUUGAAGCCAUGGCCUCUAUUGUAAACAGACUUCACAAAAACCUUGAAGGAAACCAAGAUCAGCAUGGAAGAAAUAAUCUUCUUACUUCAUAUAUUUAUUAUGUUUUUCGUUUACCAAAUAUGUCUCCCAAUUCUCCAUGCCCAGCUCCCAGUGGUUUAGGAGGAUCAGUGCACUAUGCUACCAUGGCUCGUUCAGCUGUCAGACCUGCAAGCCUAAACUUGAAUCGUUCCAGGAGCCUUAGUAACAGCAACCCUGACAUAUCAGGGACUCCAACCUCACCCGAUGAUGAAGUACGAUCAAUCAUUGGAAGUAAGGGCUUAGAUCGCUCCAAUUCUUGGGUAAACACUGGUGCUGCAAAAGCUGCCCCAUGGGGAUCCAACCCCAGUCCGAAUGCAGAGACUUCACAGGCUGCGGAUCGAAGCUGUAAUCGUAUGUCUUCCCAUACAGAGACACCAAGUUUCUUACAAACAUUAACAGGGCGAUUGCCAACUAAAAAGCUUUUUCAUGAAGAACUGGCUUUACAGUGGGUUGUCUGCAGUGGAAGUGUCCGUGAAGCAGCUCUUCAGCAAGCAUGGUUCUUCUUUGAACUUAUGGUAAAAAGUAUUGUGCAUCAUUUGUAUUUUGCUGACAAACUCGACGCCUCGAGGAAGAAUCGUUUUCCAGAGCGCUUCAUGGAUGACAUAGGCGCGCUGGUCAGCACAAUCGCCAGUGAUAUAGUCUCCCGUUUUCAGAAGGAUACAGAAAUGAUUGAAAGACUCAACACUAGUUUAGCAUUUUUUCUCAACGAUCUGUUAUCUGUCAUGGACAGAGGAUUUGUCUUUAGUCUUGUUAAGACAUACUACAAACAGGUGUCCUCCAAGCUUUAUUCUUUACCAAUCCCCAGCACGCUAGUGUCCUUGAGGCUGGAUUUCCUUCGGAUUGUCUGUAGCCAUGAGCAUUAUGUUACUCUGAAUUUACCAUGUAGUUUGCUAACACCGCCUGCCUCUCCUUCUCCUUCGGUGUCAUCAGCAACAUCACAGAGUUCUGGCUUCUCAACAAAUGUCCAGGAUCAGAAGAUCGCAAAUAUGUUUGAGUUUUCCGUUCCUUUUCGUCAACAGCAUUAUUUGGCAGGACUGGUGCUUACUGAACUAGCUGUCAUUCUAGAUCCUGAAGCAGAUAGUUUGUUUGGAUUGCAUAAGAAAGUCAUCAACAUGGUACACAAUUUGCUAUCUAGCCAUGACUCCGACCCACGGUACUCUGACCCACAAGUAAAGGCCAGGGUGGCUACUCUAUACUUGCCUCUGAUUGGAGUGAUCAUGGAGAGUGUGCCCCAGCUGUAUGAUUUCACAGAAAGUCAUAACCAGCGUGGAAGACCAAGCUGUGUCGCAGUGGAGGAUUGUGAAAGUGAGGGUGGGAACAUGAUCAGUCAGACAGUUGCUAUGGCCAUUGCAGGAACCCCUGUCCCACAGCUCACGCGGCCUACCAGUUUUCUCCUCACAUCAACGGGCAGCAGGCAACAUUCAACAUUUUCAGCUGAUUCCAGUCGAAACCUUUUGAUCUGCCUCCUAUGGGUCCUGAAGAAUGCUGACGAAAGUGUUCUGCAGAAAUGGUUCACAGAUCUCUCUGUGUUGCAGCUCAAUCGCUUGUUGGAUUUGCUUUAUCUUUGCAUUUCCUGCUUUGAAUAUAAGGGAAAGAAAGUGUUUGAAAGAAUGAAUAGUCUGACUUUUAAGAAGUCAAAAGAUAUGCGGGCCAAACUUGAAGAAGCUAUACUUGGGAGCAUUGGGGCCAGGCAAGAAAUGGUACGAAGAAGCAGAGGACAAUUGGAAAGAAGUCCUUCUGGAAGUGCUUUUGGAAGUCAAGAGAACCUGAGGUGGCGAAAGGACAUGACACAUUGGAGGCAGAACACUGAAAAACUGGACAAGUCCCGGGCAGAGAUUGAACAUGAAGCACUUAUUGAUGGUAACUUGGCAACAGAAGCCAAUCUCAUCAUAUUGGAUACUUUAGAGAUAAUUGUGCAGACUGUUUCGGUGACUGAAUCCAAGGAAAGUAUUCUUGGUGGGGUACUGAAGGCUCUUCUACAUAGCAUGGCCUGCAAUCAAAGUGCUCUUUAUCUCCAGCAUUGCUUUGCUACUCAAAGAGCUUUAGUCUCAAAGUUCCCAGAACUGCUGUUUGAAGAAGAGACUGAGCAAUGUGCCGAUCUAUGCCUUCGACUCCUGCGCCACUGCAGCAGUAGCAUUAGCACGAUUCGAUCCCACGCCAGUGCCUCUUUGUAUCUCCUCAUGAGGCAAAACUUUGAGAUUGGGAAUAACUUUGCUAGAGUGAAAAUGCAGGUAACUAUGUCACUCUCAUCUCUGGUGGGAACAUCUCAAAAUUUUAAUGAAGAGUUUCUGAGACGUUCUCUGAAGACCAUUUUGACUUAUGCUGAAGAGGAUCUGGAAUUGAAGGAGACAACCUUCCCUGAUCAGGUGCAAGAUCUUGUGUUCAAUCUCCAUAUGAUCCUCUCGGAUACAGUUAAAAUGAAGGAACACCAGGAAGAUCCAGAAAUGCUAAUUGACUUGAUGUACAGAAUUGCAAAAGGAUAUCAGAAUUCCCCAGAUCUACGACUGACCUGGCUGCAGAACAUGGCUGGAAAACACUCCGCCAGAAAUAACCACGCCGAAUCAGCACAGUGUUUGGUUCACUCUGCAGCUCUGGUGGCUGAAUAUCUAAGCAUGCUGGAGGAUCGGAAAUAUCUCCCUGUGGGAUGUGUUACAUUUCAGAAUGUUUCUUCAAAUGUUCUAGAAGAAUCUGCAGUUUCUGAUGAUGUGGUAUCUCCAGAUGAAGAAGGGAUAUGUUCUGGAAAGUAUUUUACAGAAGCAGGUCUGGUUGGACUACUGGAGCAAGCUGCAGCCUGUUUUUCCAUGGCUGGUAUGUACGAAGCGGUCAACGAGGUUUACAAAAUCCUUAUUCCAAUUCAUGAAGCUAACAGAGACGCCAACAAACUGGCCACAAUUCAUGGUAAACUCCAGGAUGCAUUCAGCAAGAUAGUUCAUCAGAGUACUGGCUGGGAGCGAAUGUUUGGUACAUACUUCCGUGUUGGCUUUUAUGGAACUAAAUUUGGAGAUUUGGAUGAACAGGAGUUCAUGUACAAGGAGCCUGCUAUUACAAAACUUGCUGAAAUUUCUCAUAGAUUAGAGGGAUUUUAUGGAGAAAGGUUUGGUGAAGAUGCUGUUGAGGUUAUUAAAGAUUCUAACCCUGUUGACAAGUGCAAAUUAGAUGCCAAUAAAGCUUAUAUACAAAUCACUUACGUUGAGCCCUACUUUGAUACUUAUGAAAUGAAGGACAGGAUAACUUAUUUUGACAAAAAUUACAAUUUGCGGCGGUUCAUGUAUUGUACCCCAUUCACAUUGGAUGGCAGAGCUCAUGGGGAGUUGCACGAACAGUUCAAAAGGAAGACUAUCUUGACAACAUCCCAUGCUUUUCCCUACAUUAAGACAAGGAUAAAUGUUAUUCACAAGGAAGAAAUAAUUUUGACACCAAUUGAAGUUGCCAUUGAGGACAUGCAGAAAAAAACCCAAGAAUUGGCUUUUGCAACCCAUCAAGAUCCAGCAGAUCCAAAGAUGCUCCAGAUGGUGCUUCAGGGUUCAGUGGGCACAACUGUAAAUCAGGGGCCACUGGAGGUUGCACAAGUAUUUUUAUCUGAAAUACCCAAUGAUCCUAAACUCUUCCGCCACCAUAACAAACUACGGCUUUGUUUCAAAGACUUUACAAAAAGGUGUGAGGACGCACUACGCAAAAACAAAAGCUUGAUUGGUCCCGAUCAAAAAGAGUACCAGCGGGAACUUGAAAGAAAUUAUCAUCGUCUCAAGGAAGCUCUUCAGCCCUUGAUAAAUAGAAAAAUACCCCAAUUAUACAAGGCUGUUCUACCUGCUGCUUGUCACAGAGAUUCCUUCAGCAGAAUGAGCCUUCGCAAAAUGGACAUAUAAGCACCUCAGAAGGCACUUAAAGAGUUUUAAGGUACUGAAAAAGCAGGUUCAGUGUUAUCG